UAAAAUGACCGCAGCUGCUGUUUCACUGCACGGAUUGGUGCAGUUUCAACUGCAGUUGGCUACAAACGGGUUGAGAUUUACCUCUUAACCAACCCCAAAAGAAAGUACACAAUUGUGCAAAUACAUGUGCAAAUCCUGUGCAAAAACUUAAAUAUGGCUCGCAUUAUUGGUGCAUGAGAUCUUGUAAUAUGCUAGUCUUCCGGUUAAUGGGUACAACAUAUGAUCAUGGCUUCAACUCUUGAAAUUUUCGUAUAUUUUCUUGUUGGUGCCUUCUUGUCGCAGUAUCAAGCCUGAUAACUGGAUUAAUGGAGAAUGCCUGGGAUCAUCCAAUUUCUUUGCCAUGGUUCUGGAAUCUGUUCAUUAUUUGCAAACCUGCUAUCAUAUACUACAUCUGAUGAUGUGUUUGCCUUAAUUAAAUAUUACAAAAUGGUGUAUUUGUCUCAACUAGAAUACGUUGAAGCUGGGCGACCUAUACUUGUUCCAGAGUCCUGUUAAUAUUUUUGCACAUCCAUCACGCCACAUGUUUGCAGUUUGUUGGCAUAUCUCUAAGCUGACUUUGUUCAGAGUGAGGAUAGGAAUCACCACAAAACCAGAUCUCUGUGGGAAACCUUAUCCCAAAGCUAACCAAUGGAGACCAGCUCUGUUGCAGAGUGGACCACAACCCUAUCCGUUCAUUUUUCUAUUGGGACUCAAGAAAGUGUUAAUUUCCAGUUUUGGGCCGAGUGCAAAUCUAACAGCACCAGGUAAUGGCUCAUUCAUUGGUACCACCACCAUCAGCUACAUCAGCCAUCUCAGCAAGAACCCAACAGAGGAGCGUGUUAGCCCCCACAAGGUCUAAUGGGCAAUGGAAUUGCCAUCAUGGCAGUGCUGCACCCCAAUGUAACAGACAAAUUUCUCAGUUCCAUCAAAGGAGAGUAUUAAUAUACGGUUUGGUUGCCUCUGGGAUUGGUUCAUUGAGUCCUGAUGGUGCAAAUGCUGCACAGAGGCGGCCUCCGCCCCCACUGCCGGAGGAGAAGAAAGACCCCAGUUUGAGUGGUCUGCAGGCCAAAGUCCUUGCCAGCAAGAAGAGGAAGGAGGCCAUGAAAGAAGAAAUGGCCAAGCUAAGGGAGAAAGGGAAGCCUGUUGACUGAUGAUAUGCACAUAAAGUUGUAUUGAAGAUCUCUCUUUUUUUGGGAGUAUGUAUUGAAGAUUCUCGGACACUUCCCAUUUUAGUUCAGACGAGAUCUUCUUACUUUUUCUUCUUUUUACUAUUCUGUGAUGUAUAACUCCAUGCACCCAUAGUUCGUUCACAUCUCAUUUUGUAGCAAUGAAUGAUUUAAGUACAUAUUCUGCAAUAAUUGUUCAGAAGAUCUUUGCAUCACCA